ACAAUAACUGAAGGCCUGUGGGAGUGCCGAUUAAUUUGGAGUUGAGCAGUCGACGUUUUUUAGUGUGAUUCAGUCAAUGAGUGUUUGAGGAUGUAUAUUUUCACAAAUUGAUUACAAAUGGAUUAAUUAGAACAGAAAACAAUGUCGACAGUGCUAGACAGGCCGGAACUGUCUUCUUCGGGAGCGGCUCCUGAGGAUGGCGUUCCGGACAUGAUCGUAAUCAGUGAAAUUGACGAAAAUGGAAUCGCUGUCAACUUACGAGUCCGCUACACCAAGGAUCAAAUUUAUACUUUCACAGGUUCUAUACUGGUAGCUGUGAAUCCGUACAAAGACCUGCCUAUCUAUGAUCAGAAAGAUGUUUCUGAGUUUAGUGGUAAGAAACUCAGCCAGGUGGAGCCACAUGUGUUUGCAAUCAGCGAGGCGGCAUUCCAGAGUCUCCAUAGCUCACAGAAAAAUCAGUCCUGUAUCAUCAGCGGAGAGAGCGGGGCUGGAAAGACGGAGACAACCAAGUUUAUCCUGCAGUAUCUGUGUUCUGUCACCAAUCACGUGUCGUUCUGGGUAGAACAACAGAUUCUUGAAGCCAACACCGUACUGGAAGCUUUUGGUAAUGCAAAGACAGUGCGUAAUGACAACUCUAGUCGGUUUGGGAAGUUUAUGCAGGUGUGUUUUGACGAGAGUCACCAGAUCAAGGGCUGUAUCGUCCAGGACUACCUACUGGAGCAGUCCCGCAUCACAUUCCAGUCGCCGGAGGAACGAAACUACCACGUCUUCUACCAGCUCGUGGCAGGGGCUGCUGCCGCACCGGAAAUACAGAACCAGUUCUACCUGUUACCCGUGGACAGUUACUUUUACCUUAACCAGAGCGGGUGUUACAAACUCUCCAAUGUGGACGAUUGUAAAAUGUUCGACAGGUUACGUCUUGCUAUGAACGUCCUGAACAUUCCGGCGGAGAUGGUGGACGGUAUUUUCUCGGUGUUGUCUGCGGUGUUGCUGAUCGGGAAUCUUACAUUUGAGGACAUUGAGGGAGAGAAGAGCGAUCUGACGGAGGAAGCUAAGGGUAUCCUGGAGAUCAUCUGUCAGCUGCUGGGGUUCGAGCCGGAGGGACUGACCGAGGCCUUGUUAUUCCGACAGAUUCAGGUCCGAGGGACGGUGACCAGUAUACCUUACAAAAUACAAGAGGCCAGUGAUAAUAGACAUGCAGUAGCCAAGGCCCUGUACUCACGUACGUUUGCGUGGCUGGUGGAUGCAAUCAACAAAUGUACAAACCCAGGACAACACCAGACCAAGUUUAUAGGGGUCCUCGACAUCUUUGGAUUUGAAAACUUCCAGACUAACAGCUUUGAGCAGCUUUGUAUCAACUACACCAAUGAGAAAUUACACCGAUUCUUCAAUCAUUAUGUUUUUGCCAUUGAACAACAAACGUAUGAAGAAGAAGAAAUCAUGUUUUCCCACAUCACAUUCACUGACAACUCGGCCUGUGUAGAGCUCAUAGAGAAGGCUCCCAGGUGUAUUUUGAAAGCUUUAGAUGAAGAGUGCAGAUUUCCACAGGGUACAGACAAAUCAUAUGUCCAUAAACAACACGAGGCGUUUGAGGGACACCCGUGUUACGUUAAGGGGGAUAGGAGACUGUGGGAGAAGGAGUUCGGGAUCCACCACUAUGCGGGGCUGGUCACCUACACGGUCCAGGGAUUCCUAGACAAGAACAAGGACACCCAGCAGGACCAGCUGUUUGAGUUGAUGCACGGAUCCACCAACAUAUUUGUACAGGAUCUCACUAGAUUCCAGGACUUGCUAGGAGUAAGGCUAGAGGAUCUCAGUGGCAGACAGACGAUAUCACGUACAAACAAAAAUAAACCCACGGUAGGUGACACCUUCAAGCACCAGUUAUCUGCCCUUGUAGACAUUCUCCAUAGUACCAAUCCCUGGUAUGUUAGAUGUGUCAAACCGAACUCGGCCAAGAAACCUAACAACUUCAACACAGAGGAGGUCCUUACUCAGCUGAGGUACUCAGGGAUGUUGGACAUCAUCAGGAUCAAGAAAGAGGGUUUCCCAGUCCAUGUUGCUAUAGAUGUCUUCCUGUCAAAGUAUGGAGUCCUACUUCAGAAGUGUGAUGAUGGACUGGAGCCAAGGGAACAAGUCCGAAAUAUUCUUAAUGUUCUCCUUCUGCCAGAAACGGAAUGGCAGGUCGGCAAAACAAAGGUUUUUAUGAGGAACUCGGUCUUUGAACCUCUGGAGACAAGACGGUUCGAGUUCCUGACACUGAAUGCUCUACUGAUACAAAAGAUCUGGAGAGGGUUCCACUGCAGGAAAGCAUAUCUGGUGAAGAGGGAAGCAGUGAUUAUUUUACAGACCAACUUCAGAGCACUACGGUACAGAAUACAGUUCAAACGACAGAGAAGAGCAGCCAUUACAAUACAGAGGUAUGUGCGUGGAAUGUUUGCUCGCUGGUACGUGGUAUCUCUGAGGGAACAGAGGCGGAUCGAGGAGGAAAGGAGACGACAAGAAGAGCUGGAACAAGAGAGACUAAUCCGCGAGAAAGAGGCGGCCGAUAGCCAGAUCAUCGAGGAAUCUCUCAAAGAUUCCCAGAAGGAGUUAGAAUCGCUGACCAAGAUGAUUGAGUCGAUGUGUGAACACUUCCAGCCGGUGAUGUCACCCACGAACCUGAACCUGGACGACAUGUUCAGCUUCCUGAAGGAUGAUCAACUCGACGCAGAUCAGGAGACACAGCAGGCACUGGACCAGAUCAACACUGAGUUCACACUGCUCAACCAACUCCUUGACGAGGACAUGGAGCGACAUGAGGAGGAGACGUAUAAGAAGAAUCAGGAGCGAGCCCUGAGGGACCUGGACCAGGCGAUGGACGGGGAAGAGGAGCUGUAUGACGACACCCUCCCACCCCCUCCCGUCACCAUGGAUACCAGUAUAUCCGGACUCGACCAGCUACCUCCCCCACCCGAGGAUGAUGAGGAGCCACCACCUCCCCCACCAGAGAGCACUAUUCCACCCCCACCCCCUCCACCAGGAGUAGUCUCCCCCAUAUCCCCCACCAUGACAGCUUCUACUGAUACUUUUGGUUCCAGGUCAUCAUAUGCUGAAAAUAUGGCAGAAAUCAUGGACAUGCAGAGGGAACUAGAUCAAUUUGAAACCUCAGCAAACGUUCUGAUGCCUCAGGCACCGGUUCUACCACCCCCUCCCACCAUACCUGCCCCACCCCCUCCUCCUUCAGUCCCUGCCCCACCCACCCCUCCAGUAGCACCACCCACCAUACCAGUACCCCCACCCCCACCUGGCCCCCCACCACCUUUGUCAUCAGAAGAAAUGCCAGGAGCACCACCGAUCACAAAUGUCAACAGACCUCUACCAGCCCCGCCCGUCCUUCCACCCCCACCUACGAUACCAGCACCCCCCACCCCAACAGGCAUGGUCACAAGGAGGAGGCCCAAUUCUAUCAAGAUACAGAAUGGUGACGUCCGUCCGCCAUCUAACGUGGAGGUCCUUUCUCCCACGAUGCAGAAGAAGUUGAGUACAUUGAUGUCGGGGCCCAGUGAUGAGGUGGUACAAAUGAGGGCCAAGAGGAUUAGUACCAUGUAUAACCUGAAUGGGGACGUCGGACAUCGCGAGUCUCGUAACAGUACAAUAGAGGAAGAAGACGAAGUGGAAACGGAGCACGACUUCAUGGAGUACGCGGAGAAGUACUUCAUCGAUCAUCCCAAGGACUUCGGGGGAGGAACCAUCAUGAAGAACCUCAAGAGAAAGAGCGGUUCUAAGGAGAUGGUGAGUAAGGACGAGAUGCUGGUCUUCUGUAAGAACGGACUGAUUCCCGCCUCCCACAUCAUGAUCCACGACAACGAGAACCUUCAUCUGGCCUGCUCCCUCUUCAAGGAAAUCACAAAAUACAUCAAAGACGAGGUGAAGGAUGAUGUAGCCCUACAGACCGUACAGAAGUACGUAAAGUCAGGAAUCGAGCGUAUCGAGCUACGAGAUGAGAUCUUCUGUCAGCUGGUGAGACAGACGAAACACAACCCCGAGCGGCCAUGGCUACUGACCACGUGGACGUUGCUCUGCCUAUGUACUGCUGCCUUCAGUCCCAGUAAAACACUACACAAGUACCUGAUGAGUUACAUCAAACAGAGCUGUAGUGACAGUAUCGUGGGGAAGUACGCUCUACAGUGUCACAAACACAUGACCAAGACCCGGGCCACCUCACGCAAAAACCCUCCCUCCAUGUCCGAAAUCAUGAGUAUGCGACACCUGAGUCCGAUGGUGUGUAAGAUUUCGUUUAUGGACAAUAAGACGAAGGCCGUGGGGGUGAUGCCAUGCGAUACAUCAGAGGACGUACUAGAGAGUGUCCGUAAGAAGAUCGGACUCCAGUCUGUGGAGGGAUGGGCGCUGUAUGAGGUGUCCACAGACCUGGAUCGUUACAUCAGAACGUAUGAAUUCGUGGCUGACAUUCUUUCUGCCUGGGAAAUGAGUGAUAAGCUGGCAGCCCAGCCGAGUAAGUAUGAGACAAUUUCUAAGAAGGGACCUAAAAUGGCACUGGGUGGUACUGAUGCUGUUAUCAUGCUGAGGAAGAGAGUGUUCAAACAUAUAACGGAGAUCCCUAACGACCCUGUGGAGUACAGACUUCUGUACGCCGAGGCCGUACAACAGGUUAUAUCGGACAAGUUCCCUGUGUCAGACAAGGUGGCUCUACAGUUAGCGGGACUCCAGGCUCAGGUGGUGUGUGGGAAUUACGAGGAGGGGAAGGAUAACAGGUAUUCUGAAGCAGAGCAGUUCCUCUGUAAGAGAAUUAUAAACCAACCAGGAAGGGACUGGAAUGAGGAAAUAGCAUCAGCUCAUAGGCAUUAUGGUAAGGAUAAGUCUGAGCUGGAGGCGAUGGUGUGGUACCUGACGUGUGUGAAGCAGUUCCCUCUGUAUGGCUGUACGCUAUUCCAUAUCCUCAACAAAGGAAUGUGGCACCACAUGGGGGACGUGUACCUCGCCAUCAACAUGGACGGCCUCAAGUUCGUACGCGGCAAGGACAAGAAUGUCAUGCAUGGAUUUAUGUACUCUGAGAUCGAGUCCAUCACCAUGGAUCCUAACGAUAACUACAUGACUGUGGAGCUGAAGAAUGAGGUCAUCUGUCAACAGAGAUGUUUCAUGUUUGAGACCAAUCAGAAGGAAGAUAUUGGUCACCUGAUUGCAAGCUAUUCCCCAGGCCAUGCCUCCUGGCUCAAACCAGAAUAUGAGAGUCUUAAGAAAAAGAAUAAGAUGACAGAUGAUGAGAAGUUAAAGCUGUAUGAGGAGUUGGUUCGUUGUCGUCGAGCGUUAUCUGACAGUCGACUCUUACGUCCAGCCCAGGCUCACCACCAUGCCAACUUCCUCAAGCAGUCAAUCAGGAGGCUGACCAAGUCUAAGAUGGAGAGACUGCGGAGUUCCACGAUGGCCAUCGGCCAGUUUGACGUCAGUUACUGGUCAUUCAGUAAGUCGUGUAUCAAACAGGCCCUCACGAUCCUGGACCCUCAGAUGGAGGAGCAGGCCAUCAAAAUGUUCUCCUCAAUCCUCAUUUACUCAGGACUCGAGGAGCCAGCAAGACACUUUCAUAUUGGUAGCAUAUUUGACUCAGGUAAAGAUGAGAAGCCAGAUAUGACCUCACUCAUCCAGAACGCAAUCCACAAAUGUAUGGACAGUGAUCAGCUGUGUAACGAGUUUUAUCUCCAACUCAUCAAACAGACCACAGAUCACCCAGACCCUAACAGCGUGGUGAACAAGAAGAACUGGCAGUUGAUGGCGGUGGCCUGUAGCAGUCUGACCCCCACCCACAGUCGCCUCCAGAAGUACCUCCUCUGUCACCUCCGAAAGUGUUCCCUAGACUCCACCUCCGAGGAGGGGAAAUUCGCCAGGUUCUGUCACAAGUGCUUUACCCGAACUGCUGAACAGAAGAGAAGGAAGUUUCCUCCAUCACAGAAGGAGAUUCAGUGCCUGACUGAGAGGCGACCAAUCUUUGAAAAGGUGUUUUUCUUAAAUGGGGAGAACAGAAGUGUAGAGUUUGACUCGGCCUCCACCUGUGGAGAGCUGAUCAAGACAGUGAAAGCCAAGAUAGGAAUGAGAUCUGAUGCGGAGUGUUUCUCUCUGUAUGAGAUAGGGCCAUCAGAGAGGCACAUGGCACACGAUGAGAGGCUGUCAGACAUGCUCAGUAAAUGGGAGAGGCUUGGGAGGGGAUUCGGAAAGGAGCAGAAAAUGUUAUUUAAGAAGCGCCUGUUCAUUGACCCGUACAUUAACCCCCUGGACCCAGUGGAGUGUGACCUGGUUUUCCAUCAGUUGAUGGGUGACCUGGCGGAGAGCAAGAUUCCCAUCACUCAACAAGAGGCGGUGAAACUUUGUGCCUUGAAAAUCCAGUCAGAAAUGGACGACCUUCAGUCUCUUGAUAUCGACUACAGCUCCUGUCUGAGGAUUCUGCCGGCGUACAUCAGAGACUCGGUGAGACUGGAGGACGUUGCGUGCGUUCACAACUCGGUGAUGGAGCUGCUACCUAACCAGGCCAUCUUAGCCUUUAUAGAGAUCCUCAAACAGUGGACUCUGUUCGGGGCCCAAGUCUUCAAUGUCUCUCAAAACUACACAUCAUCUCUUCCCAAGAAUCUUCUCCUUGCCAUUCAUCAACAAGGGAUUACCCUUAUGGAAGUCAACACUUUUAGAACUCUUGCCUCCUACCAAUAUACUGAGGUGGUACACUCCAGUCCAGCCAUCACCAGUAUUAUGAUUGUUGUGGGUCAUGUCGCCAAGGGAAUUAAAUACAUGUUUACAACAAACCAGGCUUUUGAGAUUGCCCACCUAAUAAAAGACUACAUCACAGAGCUACAGUCUCGAUUCCUGAUCCCUGCUCCUCAGAGCACUGAUAUAAACAUGAAUCGUGCCUCCGCGGUGUUCUUUGAUGAUCCUUCAAGUACGCUACAAACGCUAGUGUAGCAUCCAUAGAAAGAGACUAGAUCCCAAAAUCAUGCUGUGUUCAUUAAAAUAUUUCCAACAAAUAUUCUGACAAAGUCAGGAAUGUGAGAGUGUAUGUGUCUGAAAUGGAUUUUGUGUCGUAACUCAAUGUUUUUAAUAUAACCAGACCGUGACGGUCUGCUUCCUGUGCAAUCUAAUCAUGUGAUAUGUAGUGGGCGUGGCACUGUGCUAGCUGUAUCAGACAAUGUAGUGGGUGUGGCACUGUGCUGGCUG